AUGCUCUUGAUGUUCCAGGAUCUCAGAGAUUCCAACAGCUCUCAGAUCCAGGUCUCUGAAUUUGUUCUGAUGGGAUUCCCAGGCAUCCACAGCUGGCAGCACUGGCUCUCACUUCCCCUGGCUCUGCUCUACCUCUUAGCCCUUGGGGCCAACAUCCUGAUCCUGACUACCAUCUACCAAGAGGCAAGUCUGCAUCAGCCCAUGUAUAAUUUCCUGGGCAUCCUGGCUGUGGUGGACAUGGGCCUGGCUACCACCAUCAUGCCUAAGAUUUUGGCCAUCUUAUGGUUCAGUGCUAAGGCCAUCAGCCUCCCUGAGUGCUUUGCUCAGAUGUAUGCCAUCCAUUUUUUUGUGGCCAUGGAGUCAGGCAUCUUUGUCUGCAUGGCUAUAGAUAGGUAUGUAGCCAUUUGCCGACCAUUGAGAUAUCCAUCAAUAGUUACUGACUCUUUUGUUAUCAAAGCAACCUUGUUCAUGGCAGUUAGAAACUGUCUAAGUCCAAUUUCAGUGCCCAUCUUAGCUGCUCAGAAAAAUUACUGUCUUCAUAAUCAAAUUGAGCACUGUUUUUGUACUAAUCUUGGAGUCACUAGCCUCUCCUGUGAUGACAGGAAAAUCAAUAGUAUCAAUCAAAUAUUUCUGGCUUGGCUGAUUAUGGGAAGUGACCUGGGUUUGAUUAUUGUAUCAUAUGCUUUGAUUCUUCGGUCUGUACUGAAGCUCAACUCCAAAGAAGCUGCAUCUAAAGCCCUAAAUACCUGCACUUCCCACCUCAUCUUAAUUCUUUUCUUCUAUACUGUCAUUGUUGUUAUUUCCAUCACUCAUAGUGGAGGAAUGAAACUCCCCCUCAUCCCAGUUCUACUCAAUGUGCUACACAAUGUUAUUCCUCCUGCUCUCAACCCCAUGGUGUAUGCCCUCAAGAACAAGGAGCUCAGGCAGGGCUUAUGCAAGUUGCUUAGGCUGAACAUCAAGAGCAACUAA